CCCGCUGUGACUCCCGCAGCAUCCCGGGCCGCGACACCAGCAUCCCCCGAACCUCUCGGGCCGCGCGCAACCCGCGGACGUCACCACCAUGAGCGCGGGGCCGCAAUGGCCGGCGCCCCGCAGCCUGCCUGCGCUGUGCGCCGCGCUGCUCCUGCUGGCUCUGCAGCCGCCUCCUGUGCGAGCCGAGGGGAAGCUCUUCCUGCUGGACUCUCAGAAUGGCUCUCAGGGUCUGGACCUGGAGACGGCUCGACAGUCCUGCAAGAGCAGGGGUGCCCACCUGGUGUCUGCCGGAGAGCUGAAGAGGGUGGUUCAGGACUGUGCCUCCGCGGUGUGCACGACAGGCUGGCUGGCUGAUGGUACCCUCGGGACAACGGUGUGCAGCAAAGGGAUCGGUGAACAGCCAGUCGUGAGGGCUAUAGACGUGACAAUUGACAGCCACCCAGUUCCCGGUACCAAGUACAAUGCUCUGUGUAUUAAGGACGAAGAGAGACCGUGUGGAGAUCCACCGUCAUUCCCACACACCAUCCUCCAGGGUCGCACUGGCUUGGAGAUGGGGGACGAGCUGCUGUACGUUUGUGUACCAGGGUCCGUCACAGGCCACCGGGAAACGGCCUUCACCUUGCUGUGCAACAGCUGUGGGGAGUGGUACGGACUGGUGCAAGCCUGUGGGAAAGAUGAGGCCGAGGCCCAUAUUGACUACGAAGAAAAUUUCCCUGACGACAGAUCCGUGUCAUUCAGGGAACUCAUGGAAGACUCCCGGGCAGAGGGAGAAAAGGAAAAGGCUCAGGAAGACGCCUCUGAUGAGACACCAAAACAAGAUCGUCUGGUCUUCACUUCUGUCUCUAAAGAAAAUAUAGCCCAGGAAAAAGCCUUUGUGCCUACCACAGGUUUGCCAGGCGCUGGGAGCAGCUUCCACACAGACUGGCCAAGAUCCCGCCUACACCGGAAGUACUCACUCUGGUUUCCGGCUGAGACUUUCCACAAGCCAGAGCUGGAAAAGGAUGUGGACGAUGAGACCAAAGAGCCACUUCCUGCCAGAGACACUCACAGUGAUGAGAAACCGGCCCAAGAGGAGUCUGAAACGAGGCUGGUCUAUGCCACCACCUACAGCCCCUCAGAGCCGUUUGCGGAUAGGAAUGACAGCAAGACGGACGACAUAGGCGUGAGCAGCAGCGAUGAUUCCUGGUUAGACGGCUACCCUGUGACAGACGGAGCUUGGAGGAAGGUAGAGGCUGGGCAGGAGGAUGACGAGGAUAAGGGGGAUGGGUCAGUGGGACCAGAUGACAGUGUCCUCAUGACUCCUGAUCAGCCUAUCAAGAAUGUCACCGUCAUAUCAAGCGAAUCUGUGAUAUACAGUUCAAUCAGUCCCUCUCAAAUGCUGGACGUAGAAGCUCUCGUUCCGGGACCCAUCAAUGUGUCUGAGACUGAGCGUCCCCAUACCGGGGAUGUUGAUUCGACCAAUUAUCAAUCAACUAUACCCCGAAGAGUCACCACACAGCAGUCACCCAUGGCCACCUCACCCUCUGAACUGACCACCUCCACCUCCACCACCCAAGAGACAGUACUAACAACCCUCCAGCCGACACAUAAACGCGUCCCCUCUACUAAUGUGGAGGCUACCCAGCCUCCAGCGGAGGUCACAGCUUCCGAGGUUCAGGAUAACUUCCCAUACCUGCUGUCAGAGGACUUCUUGGGACAGGAGGGCCCUGGGCCUGGUGCAAGCGAGGAGAAGCUUCUUCCAACCUUGGCACCGUGUGUGGGGGAUGAAUGUCCCAGCUUCAGGAAAGGCCCGGUGAUUGCCACGAUCGUCACCGUCCUGUGUCUACUGUUGCUCCUCACAGUCGCGGGAGCCGUGUGGGGCUACCGCAGGUGUCAGCACAAGAGCUCUGUAUACAAGCUGAACGUUGGACAGCGGCAGGCUAGACACUACCACCAGCAGAUUGAGAUGGAAAAGGUCUAGCCUCUGCCAGCAGGGGCUCUCACAAAGCCACUUGGAGGAAGAUUAACUGUGACUGGUCACACUGAUAAUUCUUGGGGUCUGAGGUUGGAAAGGCUUCAUUCUCUAGAGUUCAAGUCUUUCUUCUACAUGCUGAGAAGUGUCUAGGGAGGUGCCUAAAGGGCAGAAAGGGGUUGGUGAUGUCAUCACAUAUGUCAAGGUCUCCUCAACCGGUUGUCCUGGAAUUCACUGCCCAAACCCCAGACCUCUGCUUUGGCCCUAUUCCAAUAUGAGGUUGGGGUGUUGCUGUCUUAAAGUCACCAUUUGUUUCAUCUGUAGAGAAUCACAAACUCCAUUCCCUGAAAUAUUUGAAAUCAUUUUGAUAAGCUGAGUGUUUGAGAGUCAUGUUAGGAAACAAAUGUCCAAUUGUGGAGUGAGGCGGGGAGCAUAAUGGUCGUUCCCUUUUAGGUGUUGCUAAGGACAAAUGAGUCAGGAGCCAGAACAUAUUUUACAAACUUUGGAGUUUCUUUUUUUCUUUUCUUUUCUUUUUUCCUUUCUUUUUGCUUGUGGAAAAUGGAGAGAAUUUAAGACUGACAUGUUACUUUGGGGAAUGGUGAGGGAACAGGCACAUGCCCACCUCUGAUCCCGCCCACAGUUUUGAGACAGCCCAUUGUUUUCAGUUAAGAACAAGGUAAUCUCUGUGCUAGUAAGGACAGCGCGAGGGGUCCAUGCCUGGCCCAUGCACACAAAUGCCACGGGAUCGCUACCAGGGCUGGCGGCGGAAACCCAAUUCUCGGUUUCUUCUCUCAGGGUUAAGUGUUUCUCUGAAGCCCAGUAAGAAGGAAUGAUUUGGAAGCGAGGACAUGUUUGAAGAAGCCCAAAGACUGCUUUAUCAAAUGUGGGCACUGUUUGAUGGCGGAAGAGUAAAAGCAAACAUGAAUGCCCUGGGCUGAUCCAUCCCAGCCAUGGCUUACCCCAGUGACCACCAAGUGGUAUCCAACGGACGGUGCUCCUAGAAAGAUGGUCCUC